AUGGACUCUCUUUACAUCUACGGAUAUGCACCAGGAGUGUUACUCCCAGGAACCAUAGCGCUCACCGUUGUCGUGGGCUAUCUCGCGACGAAACUCCUGAGGAUUGGAGCCCGGCCCAAGAAUUUCCCUCCGGGCCCGGCCACGGAGCUGAUAUGGGGAAACCUCAAGCAGCCGAUCCGGGUUGACAUGCUGUUCCCGCAGUACCAAUGUACCAAAUGGGCCAAGACUUACGGUCCCGUGUAUACCGUCAUGCUAGGCGAUACGGCCCAUGUGGUCGUGAGCGGCCUCCAGGAGGCACGCGGCAUUUUCAUCAAACAGGGCGCGAACUCCCAGGCCCGUCCGCCAUCUCGCUUUCAGUUGUUAAUGCGCGAUGGGUAA